UUAUCAAUUAAUAAGUAAAUUUUUUGAGGCUUUUUAGUGGAAAUCAUAUGAUUGUAGUAAAUUAUGCAAAUUACUCGAUGAUGUCAUGGUGACCACGCCCAUAGCCCCGCCCCCACCGCCACAGGUAUCUUGGCAGUUUAUGGGAAACACUAAAUAGUGAUUAGCGCGCUAGCUGGCUCUCCAGGAAAUGAGUAAAGAUUUUUCAAAGAGCAGUGAUCAAUCCCGAUUUUACGAUAAUUACAAUUUGUAACGACCAUUCUAAACGUCAGGCAUUUUACUGCGCUUUGUCAUUACCACAGAAAUCGUUACAACUUUAUAAGCAUCACUGAGUUUUUUUCAAAGUGCGGUAGUAAAUCAUGGUAAUAGGAUAACUACAAUUUGAAAUGGCAAUACUCUAAUCGUUACAUCUUUAUAAGCAACAUUUCAUCUUUUUCUAAAAGUUCAUCAUUUUGCUGGGUUUUUAAAUGUUUUAUUUUAUUUCUACAACGUGCCCAUGGUUCUUAAAAAAAGCAAGCCAAGGUCCGCAAAUGUCCCCGGACCACAGCAUUGUUGACCGGGUAUGCACAGCAUUGUUGACCGGGGCUCUCUGUCUUCUAGCUCUCUUGCUAAUCAUUGUUUCGCUUGAAUUUGAUUACCGAGCAGGGCUGCAACAAUAAAUCGUAUACAUUUCUUGAUUUAUUUUCUGUUGCUUUGAUUAAUCGUCUAAUGCAGGGGUUCUGAAGUCUUUUUGAACUUGGGACCCAACUUUUCCAUGAGAAAGAGGCACAAGGUCCACUCAAAUAUUAACACUGAAUAAGUCAUUUUACUCUUGAUUUUAAUUGUAUUCAAUAUUUAAAUUAAAUAACCUAUCCUACUUACAGUUUAACAGCAUAAACUUUGUUAAAUGAUAUGAGAGUUUGUGUCAAGUCUUAGGUCAGGCACACAAAUAAAUACUAAUCAAAUUUACUGACAGAAGGGACUCAAUACUCAUACAAUUACACAGUGCUAAAAUAAAUAAAUAAUAACUAAAUCAAUAAUGAUAAAUAUAAUGUUUCUUAAGUAAACUGUCAAAAUUAAAGUUCACAUGAAAAUACAGCUUCACUAUUUUAGUCAUAAUUUUUGCGCUUAAGAAACUUCUCUAUGACUUUAGCUCCAGACCUACUCUGUUUGUUUGAAAUUGUCAUUGUUGGCACAAGUGGUGGAAACUGAGUACCGCUGCGGACCACAGCUGAGAAACAGAUAUUUUGGUAAAGAAACAUUGACCUAAUGAGUAUAAGUAAUAUAGAAUUGAUCAAAUAUGGGCCGCAAAGAGUUCCCGGAACUUUAAAUACGCAGACAUAGUUUCCCUAUGACUGCUGCAUUACAGCACAAUGAGAGCGGUGGUGUGCGGGAAGUGGAAAGUUUAAAAAAAAGUACUUGUAUUAAUGCACACGUUAAAAAUUCAAUUUCAAUGUUGAUGAUGUGCAUUUAUGUAACAAAAAUUAACGUUAUGGCAAGCAUGAAAAUAGUUUAUUUCAGCUAUUUUCCUUAAAAUACGCAUUGAGUCAAUGGCGUAUGUUAUAGCUCAUUACUCAACGGAACAAACCAAUCAAAAGAUGACCAAGAAAAUGCAUUAGGCAGGAAACCCUUCCAUCUGUGCCAAAUCUGUUUGAGGUGGCGAGCCACCACAACUAUAACUUAACCCUGUAAAUGAAAACAUAAUCUGUGAUGUUAAUAUUGUCACUUUUAGUCGGUCUAGUUUAGCUGGGAUGGGGCCUGGUUGGCUUGGUUGUCACUAGGCAAUCCGUGAGUCACGUCAGACUAGUCCCGGCAUGUCUACUACGAUGAUUCAAUCAGCUGUUGCAGUCUGUGUGUGCGCUGCUGACUCAGCCCAGCUGGCCCUGAUAGGCCGGAAUGAACUAGAGGCAGCCUAGCGUAAGUCUGGUCUAGUCCUGACAUGUCUCAGUCGCUCUAUAAGGGGACGCUGCUGCACUUGCCUCCCACUCUUUCUGCACUUUACCUCUGCAUGUCUUGCACAUCAUGGACCACUGACUGCACUCUCUGAUUGUCCAUAUCAUCUAACAAAUACAACAUGGACACCUCUGACGACAACAAACUGGUCCGACCCAAGGAGGGGUUGUGCUCUUUGCUGCAGCUGGCAGGAGCCACCAAAGAUGUCUUUACCAUGAAGGAGGUGAUGUUCUACCUGGGUCAAUACAUCAUUCAGAAGCAGCUGUAUGACCAGAAGCAGCAACACAUCGUGCACUGCUCCCAUGAUGAGCUGGGCCGUGUGCUUGGUGUUGACAGCUUUUCAGUCAAAGAACCUCGGGUUUUAUUUACCGUGCUCACCAAGAACCUGGUGGCUGUGACAAGCCAAGAAGACUCCUCGCAAAGUUUAGGUGAAGCAAGCAGCAGCAGCCAGGUGGAGCAGACGCAGGUCAGACAGGAAGCUGCAAGUUGCUCCACAACACCAAACAGGAGGAGACAAAGGAGGCGGCGGCGUCGGAGCUGCAGAAGCAACGACACAGGCCCCUCCCACAGCAUAGAGGAGGAUAAGGAAGAGGAGGCCUCAGAGGAGGAUGAGGACGGUCCAAAGAGGAGGAGGUCGGACAGCUACUCCCUGACCUUUGAUGACAGCCUGUCCUGGUGUGUGAUUGGUGGACUGGCAGCUGGGGGGGACAGACGCAACAGCCAGUCGUCCAACUCUCACAGCGCUGGAGGGAGGUCGGAGGUCACGACUGCUGCAGCCGACUCUGACAGCGACAACUUCAGCGUGGAAUUCGAGGUGGAGUCUGUCCAUUCCGACGACUACGGCGAAGACGACGCGUCUUUGUCUGCAGACGACCAGGUGUACGAGUUCACCAUCGUCGAUGCGGAAGACGACGACUCGUUUGACGAAGACACGGAAAUCACUAAAGCAGAUUACUGGCGCUGUGGCAAGUGUGACGAGUUGAACCCGCCUCUCCCGAGAAACUGCCUUCGUUGCUGGACGCUGCGCCAGGAUUGGCUGCGGGACACUUCCUGUCCUAAGGCCCUGCCCAGGAAGCCGACGAACCAAUCAGCCGUCGGAGAUGCUGCAGGUUCUGAUGCUGAGGAUAACGAAGGCGUCGACGUUCCGGAUGGAAAAAGAACAAAAAGUCCUGAUCCUCAGUCUCAAUGCUACUCUGACUCCGCCUCCUCCGCGCCCAACUCCCAGGAUCUCCUGUACAUCUCCCAGCCCUCCUCCUCGCAGGAGAAGCUGUGGAUGAGCGAUUCCCAGCCGACCUCCUCCACAGAGUCACUGGAGAUUCUCCCGUGCUCCGCCGCCGAUCCUCCCGCCCCCGGCGACGUCCCCGAGCUGGAGCGCAGCGUGUCGGCUGAGUGGCGCCUACCCGAGUCGUGUCUGGACCCGUGUUUGAUCUGUCAGUCCCGACCCAAAAACGGCUGCAUCGUCCACGGCAGGACGGGUCACCUCAUAUCCUGCUACGUCUGCGCCAGGAAGCUUAAGAAGAGGAACAAGCAGUGUCCCGUCUGCAGGCUUCCCAUCGAGGCUGUGAUCCUCACCUACGUCAGCUGAGACCUCCCUGAAGUGUGUUGACCUACCUCUGCUGAGAUGUCCCUUCCUUCCACAGUUAAUCUCCAGCGCAAUAACACGUUGAAAUAAUAUUCAUCAAUAAUCAUUCAUUUAUAUUCUAGAAAAUUCCAAAAAUGUUCCUGAAUUAAUUUACGUUUGUGUUUAUUUUUGAACAAUCAGCACCAACAGAAACAUGUCAAGCAAUGUUUGAUGUUUUUGUCACAAAGUAUUUUCGUGCUUAGUUUAACGUAAUGCCACUCUUUACAUUCUCCAUGCAGUUUUGUGAUGAUACAAUAUUCUAUAAAUGUUUCCUGAAGCAGGAAAUAUGAAGUUUAACUUAUAUUCUUGUCAGGAAGUAUCCUUGGAAAUAAUGCUAGAAACAACGUAAAUGUUUUGUUGCUAUUAACAUUUUCUUCCUGGAAACUUCAUGACAAUAACUUGACAAUGGACUGUGUAAAAAGAAAUGUUAAAACAAGAAAUAUUUAUUUAUUUAAGCAGACACUUUGAAUGACCUCUUUAAAGAUUAAUCUACAGCUAUUUUCCUUUGUCAAUAAAAUAAGUCAUUUCC